CCACCGCCGAGCUCAGCUCCUCAGCAAACUGCUUCAGAGCUGCAGGGGACGAUGGCUGAGACCAGACCAGCAGAACCUGGUCCCCGGGCCGGACGCCGAGACUCUCCAUGGUCCUCACUGACGGCUGGAGGACACGCACAGUGAGGCGUUUUGUCAGUUAGAAACAUCACUUCAUGAAGCAACCCUUGAGCUGAAAUCCUGCCUCCGCCCACUUCCGGCUCCGCGACGCUGCCCUCUGGCGGCGCGGAGCCGCAGCUGCAGGAGCGUCAGCGGAGAUGGCGGCGCUGCUGAGAGCUGUGCGGACUGGAAGGGCACUGCGGGGCCUGACCUCAGCGGCGGCCCAGCCGGCGUCACCCCACAGCGGCCGCCAGACACGAGCGUUCCAGCGUGCGGCUCUGAGGCUCCAGGACGACUCCAAACAGGACAAAUCCUCUUCCUCCAGCACGUACCACCAGCACUACCGCGCUGACGGCGCCUCGCAGGCGGGCGAGCAGGCAUCCCGGCCCAACACCAGCUACCAGGACCAGAGCGGCGAGCAGGGGGAGGAGUACGAGAGCGAGGAGCAGCUGCAGGAGCGUAUCCUGACGGCAGCGCUGGAGUUUGUGCCACAGCACGGCUGGACCAUGGAGGCCAUCGCGGCCGGAGCAGAGACCCUGGGACUCUCCUCCGCCUCCACCGGCAUGUUUGACCACGGAGCAGGAGACCUGGUCCUGCACUUUGUGGCGCAGUGUAAUGCACAUCUCUCAGAGAUCCUGGCGGAGCAACACAAGCAGGUCCAGCUGGGACAGACAGAAAAGAAGAAAACGGCUGAGUUCCUCAGAGACGCCGUGGAGACUCGACUGAGGAUGUACGCGCCGUAUAUAGACACCUGGCCGCAGGCUAUGAGCAUCCUGCUGCUGCCUCACAACAUCCCCGACAGCCUCAAGCACCUCAGCACCCUGGUGGACGACAUGUGGUACUACGCCGGAGACCGGUCCACAGACAUGAACUGGUACACCAAGCGAGCGGCGCUGACCGGCAUCUACAACACCACAGAGCUGGUCAUGGUCCAGGAUUCUUCUCCAGACUUUCAGGACACUUGGAACUUCCUGGAAAACCGAAUCCAGGACGUGGUCAACAUGGCCUCCACGGCCAAACAGGUUCAGUCGACCGGUGAAGCUGUAGUGCAGGGGCUGGUGGGAGCUGCUGUCACGCUGAAGAACCUCACAGGACUGAACCAGAGGCGAUGAUGAUGGCUGAGCCUGGGACGUUUGUCUCUAGCUGGACAUCAGCGUUGGGGACUGCAGGAGAAUCGCAUCAAUAUUAUCUCACAACACCAGUCACGGCAGACGUGAUGUUUUGUUUCACCUGAUCUCAUCGAUUAAGCAGGAACGGUCAUCAACAUGUGGGUCGACAAUCUUUGGUUUUUAAGGCGCUGUGGAAACAGAGCGACACAAUUGUUGCAAACAAAUGUCCUGAAAGUAUGUCACUUUGUCCAUUAAAUCUGUUUAGCAAUUCA